AUGCCUUUUACAAAAAAGGAUUCCUAUAGGGAACGUGUAAAUAGCAAAUAUAAAUUUAUCGCGUAUAGUUUUUUUCGGGAACGGAACCGGGAUCGAAAUGGAGUUCGGCCGAACACGGAACGGCGUUUAAUUAAUUUUAAAAAUUAUUAUAGUUUCGGAAAAGCCGAUGGCAAAUAUACGUUUCCAAAACACGAAAUAAAAGUAUUCGUUACAAGCCGGACCACCGAUUAUAAAAUACAAAUUGUCGUAAAAUAUAAGGAUUUUAUUAAACCUUUUUUUUGGUCGGUUUACUGCAUAUAUUCGAACGCAAUUAAAUAA